GAAAACACUUUACACCUAUAUUAUUGAUCUUCAAAUCAAACCCACGACGGAAAAGAACCAGAAAAAAGGGAACAGAUCCUUGGAAGAGGAAGAAAAAUGGCGGAGCAUUUGGCGUCGAUAUUUGGGACUGAAAAGGACAGAGUGAACUGCCCCUUUUAUUUCAAGAUAGGCGCGUGCCGUCACGGGGAUCGCUGCUCGCGUCUCCACACCAAGCCCAGCAUCAGCCCUACUAUCCUUCUCUCCAACAUGUACCAACGGCCGGACAUGAUCACCCCGGGCGUCGACGCCCAGGGUAACCCCAUCGACCCCCGCAAGAUCCAACAACAUUUUGAGGCUUUUUAUGAGGAUUUGUUUGAGGAGUUGAGCAAGUACGGUCAAAUUGAGAGUUUGAACAUAUGUGAUAACUUGGCUGACCAUAUGGUAGGCAAUGUGUAUGUUCAGUUUAGAGAGGAAGAACAUGCUGCAAAUGCAGUCAAGAAUCUUAGCGGAAGAUUUUAUGCUGCCCGUCCUAUCAUUGUUGACUUCUCACCUGUGACGGACUUCCGAGAGGCCACCUGUAGGCAGUAUGAUGAGAAUACUUGCAGUCGUGGUGGAUACUGCAAUUUUAUGCACCUUAAAAGAAUAAGCAGGGAGUUGAGGCGCCAGUUAUUUGGGAGGUCAAAAAGGAGGCAAAGUCAUAGCCGAAGCAGAAGCCCUAACCGGCGUCGUAGUAGCCAUGAUGAGCGCCCUCAUGGUUCACGUGACCAUGGUAGACGGUACAAUGAUAGGGAUAAUUAUCACGAAAGCCGGAGCAGAAGACACAGAAGCACAAGUCCUGGUCAUCGGAGAGGUCGGAGCAGAAGCCCUGGGGGAAAGAGGAAUCAUAGCCCAAUCCGUGAAGGCAGUGAGGAGAGACGUGCUAAAAUUGAGCAAUGGAACCGUGAAAGGGAGCAACAGGAAAAUGCAAAUAAUUUUGAGAAAGAUGCUGCCAAUAAUAACAAGAAGAAUGGUAGAAAUGAAUAUUUGCGGAAUGAUGAUAAGAACUAUCAGCAACAGGAGUAGGCUUCACUUCCAGAAGUUCAUUAAUCCUGAUUAUAUCACCCUGCCUGGUUUGUCUCUCAAUGUUUUUCCUUCAUCAUUUUUGUAUUUCAACCCCUCUCUGUAGUCAGUAGAAGUUAGAAAUAUUUCUGCUAAGACCAACCAUUCAGUAAAUCUUUCUACUAAGCACAUUUUCCACUGUGCAGGUAGUGCAGGUUCACAAUUCUAUGAUAUGGAAUUUGAAAUUUGUUUUGCCUUUUCCAUUUAGGUCCAUGCCUUUUGCAACUAUCAUCAUGAUGCUUGAUUGUGUGCUUUUACUUUGAGAAGUUUCAAACACAUGCCCUUUUUGUUUUCAGCUUUCCAAUCAGUUUCUUUCUAGAAUUGUUUGUUUAAUUCCUCUCUCUUUGUUUACCGGUUUUAUCAUAUUUUUCCUCGAUAUCUUCUCUUCUAUUAACUUGGUUUUAUCGAAGCUUCUAGAACAAGACGAUUAAGAAAGAAAAGUCAAAAUACCUAGAGAAAUGAGGUUUUAAGCUAAUCAGCAUACAUUUACUUUCUUUUACACAACUCCCUUCAAGCUCUUCUAGUGGCCUUAAUCUCCUCUGUGGAACCUUGCUACCUUUCUGCCUUCAAUAUUUAGCUUAGCCUUUAGCAUUAGGAAAAUAUGUGGAUUAAAGCUUUGUUUGUGCAUUUAUACUGUGUGUGCGCAUAAAUCUACAGUCAGGUACUCUGACCAUGGCACGUCCAGGCUACUGAAUGAUCAAAGUUCAUGGUUCUAAUUUCCUUAAACCAUCUCUACCUCAAAACUCUUUUUUAAGUCACAAUUUUUCUGUAGGAAAUCGGUAUACUUAUCAAUGUUAAUCUAGUUUUGCAGGUUCAGGUAUUCCUGCUCCUCGGGACUGAGCAAUCAUUUUAAUUGCAACUUUAUCAUGGAAUUUGUGUAUACAGGUAGUCCAUUGGGUGCCAAAUAAACUGGUGGUUUAAAGUAUCUUUUGGGUUUAACUUAAAGAAGAAAACAAGAAGUACCUGCAACCACUACUCUCUCAACUCUGUUGCAUUGGGUCCUAACCACAAGCAAGGAGUAAUAGUGGUUUUAGCAAAGGCUCUACUUAAUUUGCUAGACUUUGUUAUUUGUUAUAUUUAGUUGUUAACCUGACAGGUUUGGUGUUUGUUGGACCCCCAGAACUAUGUUUUGUGUUAAGACAUUGAAGGACCUGUUUGUUUUUUGAUUGAAGAAACAUUUGGUGAUUGGGAGUUAUUAAAAUCUGUGUUUCCCUUCUAA